UCUCUGACACAACAAUGCGCCGCUCAACUAUCUGACCACAUGAGAUUGCGGGUAACAGUCGGCUCUCGGCCAAUUCAAGCAUCAUUGAUGAACUGCUCUCAGCCGUCAGUCGAAAAGUGAAAGUCGCUCCGAAUAGUUGUGUGUUGUUGUGGCUUGUUAUUUAUAGUUAGCAAGCGGACGAAUUGAGGCGGGUAGCAAAAAUGGCCGUAGUGUUUACAAUAAAUGGAAAAGUAUUCAAUGUUCAAGCGACUGAAAUCAACGUCAAUGUUUCGUUGAACACUUUCAUCCGCAACCAUGCCCAUCUCAGUGGCACCAAGUUCAUGUGUCUUGAGGGAGGCUGCGGUGCUUGCGUCGUCAAUCUGAGCGGAGCACAUCCGGUCACCGGAGAUGUCUUCUCCUAUGCUGUCAACUCGUGCCUGUUUCCUGUUCUCGCCUGCCAUGGCAUGGACAUUACCACCGUCGAGGGUAUUGGUGACAAGCAGCGGGGCUACCAUGCCACCCAAAAGCUGCUGGCCCACUUCAACGGUACCCAGUGUGGCUACUGCUCCCCUGGCAUGGUCAUGAACAUGUACAGUCUGCUGGAAGCGAAGAAGGGAAAGGUCACCAUGGAGGAGAUCGAGAACUCUUUCGGUGGUAACAUCUGCCGCUGUACCGGCUACCGCCCGAUUCUGGACGCCUUCAAGGCGCUGGCCGUCGAUGCUGAUCCCAAGCUCACGGCAAAGUGCCAGGAUAUUGAGGAUCUUACCAAGAUCUGUCCCAAGACCGGAUCGGCCUGUGCUGGCAAGUGUGCCGCGGCAGGAAAAACUAACCCCAACAAAGGUCUCCAUCUGAGCUUCGAUGACCAAAAGGAGUGGCACAAGGUGUACAACGUGAGCGACAUCUUUGCCAUCUUCGAGAGCAUUGGAGAUAAGCCGUACACGCUCAUCGGAGGUAACACUGCCCACGGUGUGUACCGUCGAAGCGACGCAAUUCAAGUCUUCAUCGAUAUCAACGCUGUCCAAGAGCUGCGGACCAGUUCCGUUGGAAGCUCUCUUACUGUUGGAGCUGGAACUUCGCUGACUGAGCUGAUGGACCUGUUGACCAACACGGCGAAGCAAAACAACAACUUCUCCUACUUCGAGCACAUGGUUCGCCACAUCGAUUUGAUUGCCAACGUGCCUGUCCGUAAUACUGGAACCAUCGCUGGUAACCUCAGCAUCAAGAACCAACACAACGAGUUCCCAUCCGAUCUCUACUUAAUCUUGGAGGCUGCCAACGCGACUCUGACGAUCUUGGAGUCCCAAGGAAAGACAUCUACCGUCCGACCGUCCGAGUAUGUCACCAUGAAUAUGAACAAAAAGCUGCUCCUCAAUGUUAUUCUUCCUCCGCUCUACCCAUCCGUCUACGUUUAUCGCACAUUCAAGAUCAUGCCCCGUGCUCAGAACGCUCACGCAUACGUCAACGGAGCCUUCCUGCUGAAGCUAGAGGGAUCUGAGAUUAUCUCCAGCAACAUUUGCUUCGGUGGAAUUGAUCCCCAGUUUACCCAUGCAGUCAAGACGGAAGAGUUCCUCAAGGGUAAGAACCUUCUUACCAACGAAACGAUCCAAGGUGCUCUCAAGACACUGGCCGCUGAGCUGAAUCCCGACUGGGUACUGCCGGAUGCUGCUCCUGAGUAUCGUAAAAAUCUUGCCCUCUCAUUGUUCUACAAGUUUACGCUUCAAGUUGCUUCAGUAUUGCGCUUUCCACUGAAAAAUGAGUACAAGUCCGGUGGAUCAGUGCUGAACCGGGCCAUUUCUUCAGGAGCUCAACAAUAUGAAACGAAUCAGCAGCACGAACAGUGGUCACUUAUGAAGAAGAUCCCAAAAAUUGAAGCAUUGUAUCAAACUUCAGGAGAAGCAAAGUAUAUCAACGAUUUACCCACAUUGCCCGGGGAACUGUAUGCUGCUUUCGUGCUUGGUACUAAAGUUCACGCCAACAUAGCUUCCUUUGAUGCGGAAGAAGCUUUGCAAAUUCCAGGUGUGAUCGCGUUCUACACAGCAAAGGACAUCCCCGGUGUUAACGAUUUCAUGCCGGUAAAGUCAGAGUUUAGUCCCAAUGUAGAGGAAGUGUUCUGUAGUGGACGGAUUCUUUACCAUGGACAACCUGUAGGAUUGGUGUUGGCCAACACGUCCCAAGCCGCCCAGAAAGCAGCGAAAACAGUGUGUGUCCACUAUUCCACCGACCCCGGAACUGAGACGAUCCUUCCAACGGUCAAGGAUGUCGCGGAUGCCAAGCGUCACGAUCGCGUUGUUAACAUCGAUUACGGAUUCACUGGGCAGUCUUACGGCGAAGCUACCAUUCCGGAGUCCGCGAUCCACGUUUCCGGAUCGUAUGAAUCCGGUGGCCAGUAUCACUACACGAUGGAAACACAAACAUGCGUCUGUCUGCCGCUGGAAGAUGGUAUGGAAGUACACACGGCUACACAAGCGAUUACUCUCACUCAAAUUGCUAUAUCGCAAAUGCUAAGCGUUCCAGAAAAUAGUCUAAACGUAUCCGUGCGCCGAAUUGGUGGUGGAUACGGUGGAAAGGCAUCACGUGCUGUUCAGGUCGCCUGUGCCUGUGCACUGGCAUGCCAUCUAACGAAGCGUUCAGUGCGUUUGGUAAUGACCAUCGAAUCAAACAUGGCCGUGGUUGGGAAGCGAUACGGUAUCAUAUCAAACUACUCAGCUGAAGUAACUCCCGAGGGAAGAAUUCUUCGUCUUCACAACGAGUUCCUGCACGAUGCGGGAUGCAACAGCAAUGAGGCUCCCGAUUUUAUGCAAGGCUAUUACGGCAAUUGCUACGACAAAGACGUGUGGUGCGUGGUGUCCAAAACAGCUCUUACCGAUUCCGCCAGCAACACGUGGUGCCGUGCGCCGGGAUCAACGGAAGCGUACGCCAUGAUCGAAUCCAUCAUCGAGCACAUAGCGUUCGUCACCGGGAGUGAUCCGCUGGCAGUGCGGCUUCAAAACAUGCCAAACGAUUCCCCGAUGAAACCACUGCUGCAAACCUUCCUCGCGGACAUCGAGUACGAUCGGAGGAACGGUGAGAUCGCACAGUUUAAUUUAGAAAACCGUUGGCGUAAGCGUGGCAUCGCGAUCGUGCCGAUGAAGUAUCCCGUGGGAUACUUUGGAACACUGCACGCGCUCGUCUCGAUCUAUCACACCGACGGCACGGUUGCCAUUACGCACGGUGGCAUCGAGAUGGGUCAGGGCAUUAACACGCGCGCGGCCCAGGUUGCGGCCAAGGUGCUCGGCAUUCCGGUCGAGAAGAUCGCAAUCAAACCGACCACCAAUCUUACAGCACCGAACGACUUUUGCACACAGGCCAGCAUUACCAGCGAGGCCGUGGCUCAUUCAGUGCUGAUUGCGUGUGAGACACUGCUCGAACGGAUUGCCCCCGUCAGACAGCAGCAUCCAGACGUUUCCUGGGAAAAGCUGACCCAACUCUGUCACUCACAAGGUGUGGACCUUUGCGCCACGGCCAUGUACAACGGAGUGGAGCUACCAUCGUACAACGUUUGGGCGUUAGGCUGUGCCGAAAUCGAACUGGACGUACUUACCGGUUGUGUGCUGUUGCGGCGCGUCGACAUACUCGAAGAUGCCGGCAAAACGCUUAAUCCCGAAAUUGAAAUCGGCCAAAUCGAAGGGGCAUUCAUGAUGGGCGUGGGUCUUUAUCUAACGGAAGCACUCAGCUACGAUCGAGCAACGGGCGAGCUGCUUACCAACCGGUCCUGGAACUAUCGUCCACCGGGAGCGAAAGACAUACCGGUCGAUUUGCGGAUCCGGCUGCUGCAGAACACCAUCAACCCGACGGGCGUACAGCGUUCCAAAGCUACCGGUGAACCGGCGGUAAAUAUGGCCGUGGUUGUACUGUUUGCACUGCGAAAUGCUAUCAAUGCGGCCCGGACGGAUGCGGGCAUGCCUCAGGAGUGGAUCCCGCUUGGGGCGCCCUGCACGCCGGAUCGAAUUCUACGCCACUUGGGCAAUGCGUACGAUCAAUAUUUGCUUCAUUAGGGUAAAAGCAAGCGGAAACAGGUGUCGAAUUUCACUGGAAGUAAAGAGGAAACAGUAACAUUUGAACUUUGUCGUUAGUAAAGUGGAUAAAAGGAAUUCCUUCUUUGG